AUGAGUAAACGUAAUGAAGCUGCUCAAGCACUUGAAGAUUCAAAAUCGGAUAUUGGCUGGGGCAGUCAGAUUCGUUCAUAUGUACUGGAUGACUCUCGUAUUAAAGAUUUGCGUACUGGUGUUGAGAACUCGAACACGGGUGCAGUAUUGGAUGGCGAUCUAGAUAAAUUUAUUGAAGCCAGCUUAAAACAAGCGAAUCCGACUCGCCGACAGAUUUUGGAAUGGCUCAAGAAGCCACAACAAUAUUUGUCGGAAGAGCAGUGCGGUGGCUUUGGUCGUGGUGUGUGUGCAGGGAAUAUCGAGAAGCUCGUCAGGAUUAAUUCAGGCCGAGAAAUAUGGUCAAUGGUCAUAUUUCUCGCGUAA